GCCGGGCAGCUGCGGCAGCGGCGGCGGCGGCAGAGGUACAGGUGCCUCCGCCAGGCGACAGCCGCCUGCCAGCCCGCCGGCCCUGGCCCCAGGCCUUCACGCCCCUCUCCCGCCUCACACUCCGGCCUCCCCACCGCCCGGCCAAAUGCAGGCCGUCGCCCUCCCCGAGGAGAUCCGUUGGCUCAUGGAAGAUGCUGAGGACUUCUUGGGGGAAGGUUUGCGGAAUGAGAAUCUCAGUGCUACUGCGAGGGACCACAGAGACCAUAUUCUACGGGGCUUCCAACAAGUCAAAACUAGGUACUAUUGGGAUAUUCAGCCCCAAGGGGGAGACCAAGCUGAAAGUUACCUUGGACAGGACAGCUCCGAUGAUAAUCAGAGUGGAACUCACCGCCCUUCUCUCACAUCCGAUGCCCCUUUUUUGCCUGAUUAUCAGGAUGAGGGAUUGGAAGACAUCAUAAGAGGAGCUCAAGAACUUGACAACAUCAUCAAGCAAGGAUACUUGGAGAAGAAAAGCAAAGAUCAUAGUUUCUUUGGAUCAGAGUGGCAGAAGCGAUGGUGUGUUGUCAGCAGAGGCCUCUUCUACUACUAUGCUAAUGAGAAAAGCAAGCAGCCCAAAGGGACCUUUCUCAUUAAGGGCUACAGUGUACGGAUGGCCCCCUACCUUCGAAAAGAUUCCAAGAAAGAAUCCUGCUUUGAACUGACCUCCCAGGAUAGGCGCAGCUAUGAGUUUACAGCUGCUAAUCCAGCUGAAGCCAGAGACUGGGUGGAUCAAAUCAGUUUCUUGUUAAAGGAUCUGAGCUCCUUAACUAUUCCAUGUGAAGAGGAGGAGGAAGAGGAGGAAGAGGAAGAGACAUAUGAUGAUAUCGAUGGUUUUGAUGCCCCAAAUUCCGGUUCCCAGUGCAGACCUGUCAUCUUGCCUGGGAGUCUGGGGCCAAGAGAGCCCACAAAGGAGACAGAAGAAGAUAUUUAUGAAGCCUUACCAGAUGAAGAGCAUGAUCUAGAAGAGGAUGAGAAUGGCACUCCACAGAAAGAAGUGGACUAUACCAGUUACUACCAGGGCCUAUGGGAUUGCCAUGGUGACCAGCCAGACGAACUGUCCUUCCAAAGGGGUGACCUCAUCCGAAUUCUGAGCAAGGAGUAUAACGCGUAUGGCUGGUGGGUAGGAGAACUGAACAGCCUCAUUGGGAUUGUUCCAAAGGAGUAUCUCAUCACUGCCUUUGACAUGGAAGAAAUAUGAAGCCCAGGUAAAUAAUCCAAGGUACCCAGGUUCCAGAUAUCUUCUCUUUUUGCUCCACUGCAUGUGCCCGACAUUCCAAAGCUUACCUCGCGGCCCAAGGUGGAUGCUCCAGCUCCAGCUACCAUGUCUGUACCCUACCCAGCAGGAAAGAUGAAAUCAAAGAAGAAGGGUACACCCACUUGUUUUAAGGACAUUUCACAGAUGUUGCACACACCGCAGCUUACAUUCUAUUGGCCAGAACUCGGACAGAAAGAUAGAGUUAUUCUAGGUAGAACCUGUGUCCAGCUUAAAAGUGGAGAUGGGAGAGGAUUCAUUAAUAAAUAAAAAGAGGAGAAUGGAUAUUUGGGGACAACUAGGAAUUUUUGCCACAAGGAUGGGUCUGGCUUUUUUUAUCCCCAGCUCUCAAAUCCAGAGUACCAUUUCCCCCAAAUGCCCAUGUAUUACGAUAUGAUUGGCCAAGACUAGGAAUCCAGUAUGAGGAUUCCUAUGGAACAUAAUCAAAUUAACUUUUAGGUAAUAAAGAAUAUAGCUUGUGUUUUAUGAGCAAGAAACACAUCACAUUUAAAACAGUGGAGGGAGUGCCUGCUUCGGGUAGCAUAGCUUUGGUGCAGAGUGGGUUUUGUUUAAAAUUAGGAUGGUGAUGGAGGGCACCCAAGGCUAGCAUGAUGUCUCUAGCUCCUUCUUCUGGCCUGAAAGGGGAGCAGCCUUUACUACUGGGGGUGAAGGAUGACUUGCAUGACAGUGACACAAACUAUCCUUGGAAUCUUCCAGACCAGGGCCCAUUGUAGUGUCAGCAGCAGCUGAGUGGAUUCAUUUAGGAGGAUACAUAAGUAUAGAUCUUAUAACUCUAUGAUGCCCUUGUAAAACCAUAAAGCACCAGCUCAGGCCUGUCACUCAAGGUCUGACUUUAUGACUUUCCUAACGAGGAUUCCAUUUCCUGGCCAUGAAUGCAGAAGCACUGGAAUUCUUCUGGCAAAUCUAAACACAUUCACUCUACUUCACUUCGUCAUUUAUUUAAUGACACAGCUGUUUAUCUCCUCUUUCUCUUCGACCCAACAAUUCUACAGCUAGGAAUUAAUCCUAUAGCUACACUUGCACACAUGCAAAAGGAUAUACACAUGGGGCGCCUGGCUGGUUCAGUCCAUGGAGCGUGUGACUCUUGAUCUCCGGGUUGUGAGUUUGAGCCCCACACUGGGUGUAGAGAAUACUCAAAAAUAAAAUCUUAAAAAAAAAGGGGGAUAUACACACAAGGUUGCUUGUCUGUAAUAGCACACCACUAGAAUGACCUAAAUAUUCAGUAGAGACCUGGCCAAAUAACUGUAGUACAUUCAUAGAAUCAAAUACUAUGCAACAGCAAAAAAGAAAAGGAAGCUCUCUGCACUGAUGUUGGUAAGAAAAGG